AUGUUGUCACCAGAGCAGCAGCGGAGUCAGCAGCAGCAGGCGAUGCUGACUCAACUUCAGCAACAACGAGCGCAGAUGGUAGCACCCCAGCAGCAACAGAAUACUGGCAGCAACGCGCAGAUGCAACAGCAAACAAUGGGCUCAAAGUAUGAAGAUCUUCCUAUCAGGGCCCCUGGAGACAUCAGCUUUUUCAGUGCAAGUCCUGGCUCAGAUGUCCCCAGCUACUUCAAGCAUUUCGAAUUCGCAUGCCAACAGGGUCUCGUAUCGAUUGUUCAGUCAAUCGUUGUCAAUGAGAACCCAACACCAGCAUGUCUCCAUCACGGCUUGACCUGCGCUCUGAUGUGUGGUCAUGUCGAGGUUUCUCGACUUCUCCUCACAAGUGGUGCGCCCAUCGUCCGCGAAACUCCAAGCAACAUCUUUUUGGCGCCCUACGAGUGUCAUGUCCCUCUCUUUGACCUCCUCCAUCACUUUGGAUGGACUCCUAGCACCCCAACUUUCUAUGGUGCCGUUUUUCUCCCUAGGACCGUUACCAACCCUCCCCUUAUUCGCUGGUUCCUCGAUCAUGGAGCCGAUCCUAACUCAGGCCAAACGCAAACCCGCAAUGACCGUCGCGGUGGAACGAGCGAUGGGUCAUGUGCUGCACUUGAGGCAGCUGCGAUCCAUGGAGAUGUCGAAGCUGUGGGUAUGCUGUUAGAUCGGGGUGCUAUAAUAGAGUAUGGGGUGCCACUCCAUCUGGCUGCAGGUGCAUGUCCCCCUGGCGCCAACCCUCAUGCUGCCCGGGUUAUACCGACUCGCAAAUUUGACAUCGGUAGAAUUCCAAUAAUGGCAUUGCUUGUGAGCCGUGGGGCAGAUGUCAAUCAGAAACAGGAGUCUCAGCACAUGGUGGCGCAGUAUCCGAUAAUACACGCGGUGAUGGCGGGGGCAACUGAGCGGGUACGGUGGUUAUUAGAGCAUGGGGCUGAUCCACACGCCAGAGGAAAUUUCGGCACUGCUAUUGAAUAUUCUCGUAAUAUGCGAUGUGAUGAGAUUCUCAAGGUGAUUGAAAGUUUUGUCAAAGAUAAGACAUGA